ACACUACCAAGGUCUGAGCUCGACUUGGCAACACCAGCCAGAGUGGGUUCAGCCGUGGAAGGGGAAGGUGUGUCUCUCCUCAGCUCCUCUUUCCUUCACUAACGGGAUGUCGUCGGAAGCAGGGACAGCGCGUGUGUUGCUGGGGAAGGAGGUGGCCCAGGAUGUGCGGAACAAGCUGCAAGAACAGGUCCAGCAGCUCAAGGAAGAGAACCCUGACUUCGUGCCCGGCCUGGCCAUCGUGCAGGUCGGAGGGCGCGAGGACAGCAAUGUGUAUAUCCGCAUGAAGGUGAAGGCCGCUGAGGAGAUUGGGAUCAAGGCACAGCAUAUCAAGUUCCCUCGCACCAUCACGCAGGCCCAGUUGGUGCAGCAGAUCAAGAAGCUGAACUCCGACCCCAACAUCCACGGCAUGAUCAUACAGAUGCCAUUGGACUGCGAGGAGAAGAUUGACUCGGAUCUUGUGCUGGAUACCGUCUCCCCUGAAAAGGACGUGGAUGGCUUGACCACCACCAACGCCGGUCGCCUCUCCCACGGCACGCUGGAUGCUGGCUUCCUGCCCUGCACGCCCAACGGAUGCAUGGAGCUCAUCCGCCGGUCAGGGGCGGAGAUCAAAGGUGCCAAGGCUGUGGUGAUUGGCCGCAGCAAGAUCGUGGGCACACCAAUGGCGGAGCUUCUGAAGUGGCACCAUGCAACUGUCACCACCUGCCACUCGCGCACCGCCAACCUGCCCGAGACUGCCAAGAGUGCGGACAUCCUGGUGGUGGGUAUCGGCAGCCCGGAGCUCGUCAAGGGGUCGUGGGUCAAGCCGGGAGCUGUUGUGAUCGACUGUGGCAUCAACUCGAUCCCAGACUCCACCAAGAAGUCCGGCUCCAGGCUGGUUGGGGAUGUGGACUAUGCAGAGGCUUCCAAGGUAGCGUCGGUCAUCACCCCAGUGCCGGGAGGUGUGGGCCCCAUGACGGUGGCGAUGCUCAUGAACAACACGGUCCUCUCGGCACAGAAGGCCAUGGCUAAGAUGAGGGCCAAGGCGUGGAGGCUCUCAUACCUGCCCAUCAACCCCCUGGAGAAGGUGCCGAGCGACAUCGAGGUGGCCCGCGCACAGACCCCAAAGGACAUCACAGACCUGGCCUCGGAGAUCGGACUUUUGGACACGGAGUUAGAGGCUUACGGCAACAAGAAGGCGAAGGUCAAGCUCGAGAUUCUGGACCGCCUCAAGUCCCAGAAGAGUGGGAAAUAUGUGGUGGUGGCUGGCAUCACCCCCACUCCACUCGGGGAAGGCAAGAGCACCACGACCAUCGGCAUAACACAGGCCCUGGGCGCUCACCUCAAGAAGAAUGUGUUCGCCUGUGUCCGCCAACCUUCCCAGGGACCCACCUUCGGAAUCAAGGGUGGCGCCGCAGGGGGGGGCUACUCCCAGGUCAUACCCAUGGAUGAAUUCAACCUCCACCUCACCGGAGACAUCCACGCCAUCACAGCCGCCAACAACCUCCUGGCCGCCCAACUGGAUGCCCGGAUGUUCCACGAGUCCACCCAAACCGACCAGGCCCUCUACAACCGCCUGGUGCCGAAGGUGAAAGGUGUGCGGAAGUUCUCGCCCAUACAGCUGAACCGCCUCAAGAAGCUGGGCAUCACGGAGACUGACCCGGACAAGCUGACACCGGAGGAGGUCACCAAGUUCGCCCGCCUCGACAUCGACCCGGCCACCAUCACCUGGCAGCGCGUCUUGGACACCAACGACCGCUUCCUACGUAAGAUCACCAUCGGCCAGAGCCCCACCGAGAAGGGCCACACCCGGGAGUGCCAGUUCGACAUCAGCGUGGCCAGCGAGCUCAUGGCCAUCCUCUCCCUCACCACCUCUCUGCCGGACAUGAGGGAGAUGCUGGGCCGGGUGGUGGUAGGCUCUGACACCUCCGGGAACCCUGUCACUGCCGAGGACCUGGGAGCCAGCGGGGCCUUAACGGUGCUGCUGAAGGACGCCAUCAAGCCCAACCUGAUGCAGACCCUGGAGGGGACGCCCGUCUUCGUCCACACCGGCCCCUUCGCCAACAUUGCCCACGGGAGCUCCUCCAUCCUGGCCGACCACAUUGCCCUCAAGCUUGUGGGCGAGGACGGCAUCGUGGUAACAGAGGCCGGGUUCGGGGCAGACAUCGGCAUGGAAAAGUUCUUCAACAUCAAGUGCCGUUACUCUGGACUGGUGCCGAACGCUGCGGUGCUGGUGGCUUCGGUCAGGGCCUUGAAGAUGCACGGUGGAGGGCCAGCCGUCACCCCUGGCACACCGCUGGCUGCAGAGUACACUAAGGAGGAUUUGGGGCUGGUGGAGGCUGGCUUCAGCAACCUCAAGAAGCAGAUCGAAAACGGCCUAAUGUUUGGCGUUCCCGUGGUGGUGGCCAUCAACAAAUUUGUGACAGACACACCCGCUGAACUCACCCUCGUACAAAGACUGGCCAAGGGUGCCGGGGCCUUUGAUGCCAUAAUCUGCUCCCACUGGGCCAAGGGCGGGGCAGGGGCUGUGGAGUUGGCGGAGGCUGUCGUGAGGGCAACAAACCAGCCCUCGCAGUUUAAGUUCCUCUAUGACCUCGAGCAGCCGGUUGAGGAGAAAAUCCGCACCAUUGCCCGGCGGAUCUACGGAGCGGAUGACGUGGAAUUUCUACCGGAAGCUCAGCAACAGAUCAACCGCUACAAGAAACAGGGCUUCAACAACCUUCCGAUCUGCAUGGCCAAGACUCACCUGUCCCUAACAGCCGACCCCAGCAGGAAGGGCGCACCUACGGGCUUCACCUUGCCUGUGCGGGAUGUGAGGGCGUCGGUGGGGGCCGGCUUCCUCUUCCCACUUGUUGGCACGAAGGAGUGUACUGGUGGUGAUGGCCCAGAGCAGCGGCAACACCAGCAACACCAGACGCAGCACCAGUCAUCACCACCACGGCCGCCGCCACUGUCCCGCGGCCUCCACUGGCUGCGGCGGCUGGUUAAGUAAGUGGCCCAAGAUGACCACCAUGCCCGGGUUGCCGACACGACCUUGCAUAUACGACAUUGACCUUGAUCUGGAGACGGAGGAGGUCAUGGGACUGUUCUGAGCACCACCACCUCCACCUCCGCUGUUGAUAUCGAAGGGGAAGAAAAUGAUGUGGAGGAAGAGAGAGGGAGAGGGAGAGAGAGAAGGGAUGCCAGGAUGCUACUGAAGAGAUUUGCUGCUUUAUUCCUUUGUUUUGUUUUGUUUGAAGUUGAUUUUGUAUUUUUUUCUAUUUUCUCAGUAUUUUUUCUUGUUGUUUUUGUUUGUGUUACUUUCCACAUCCUUUUUUUUCUUUUCCUCCUUUCCUCUUUUCAGUAAUCUUUUCAUUUUUUUUCUAAUUCCUCUAUUUUUUUUACAUAUUUUAUUUUAAUUUCUAUCAUCUUUUUUUUCUAUUUUCUCUUGUUAUACUUUCCACCUCUUCCUUUUUUCUUUUCCUCCUUUCCUCUUUUCAAUAAUCUUUUUCCUUUUUUUUCUAAUUCCUCAAUAUUUUUUUCACUUUUUAUUUUACUCAAUCAUCUUUUUUCAAUUUUCUCUUGUUAUACUUUCCUCCACCUCCUUUUUUAUUUUUUCCUCCUUUCCUCUUUUCAGUAAUCUUUUUCAUCCUUUUUUUCUAAUUCCUCAGUGUUUUUUUUACAUAUUUUAUUUUACUUUCUAACUCACAUUUUUCUGUUUCCUCAUCAUUAUCAUUUUUCCUUAUUAUACUUUCCACAUCCUCCUUUUCUCUCUUUUCCUCCUCCUUUCCUCUUUUCAGUAAUCCAAUUUUGUUUCAUCUUCCUUUUCCUUUUCUCUCUAUUAAUAAUCUUGUUUUAGGGACAGACAGACAUCCCUUCGUUAUCUUUUCAUUUAACUUUCCUAAUGACAGAAAAAAGCAAAAAAAAAAGAGGGAAAAUAAGGUAAAGGUGGAACUCAAGAUUAAGGAAAGCAUGUAAGUCCUUUUUUGUGUCAUUGUUAUGUUUCUUGCUCAAAGUGAUGCUGCUGUUGUUGUUGUUAUUGCUGCUGCUGUUGUUUUUUAUGUACUCCUUCCAUUGUGUCUUCCUUUCUCUCUCCUCUUUCUUCCUCCUUCCUCUCUUUCUUCCAAUAUGUUCUCUUACUUUCUCUUCUUUGUCUUUCUUGCACUCUUCCAAUAUCUCUCUCUUCCUAUCUCUUCCAAUCUCUCUCCCUUUCUCUCUCCUUCCUGUAUUUCUCUUCCUUUCUCCUUCCUCUUUUUCUUCCAAUAUUUUCCUCUUCCUUUCUCUUCCAAUAUCUCUCUUCCUUUCCAUUCUAAUCUCUUCCUUUCUCUCCUUCCUCUCUCUCUUCCAAUCUCUCUUCCCCAAUCCCUUUCAAAAUAUCUCUUAUCCACUUUCUUCCAUUCUUGCAAUAUCUAUCUAUUUCUCUCCUAAUCUCUUCCAGUAUCGAUAACAACAUAGAGAGAUUCAAUACAAAAAUGCCAUCACUAGUUUUUAUAUACUUAAGUAGCUAUAUAGAUUUAAUAUGAAGAGCUUAUCAUUAAUAUUGUUAUCUGUAUGUUUAAUUAGUCAGAUUUAGGUUUGCAUUCUUAAACAUUUCCACGACUAAUCUCACACCCCAUUAAUAUUUCUCUGCUUAUAUAUCGGGCCCAGAGAGGGAAGGUCAAGUCACAUUUUGUUGAUAUGUUUAAUGAUUGUUAUAUUCCAUCCAUCUUGUUAUUUUUACUAUCAAGUACGUAUGUAAAAAGUGAUAUGCAGUCUGUUAUUUUGUUCUGUGCUUAUAUAUCAAGUUCAGAAAGGGAAGGCCAAGUCAUAGUUUGUUGAUAUUUUAGUGAUUCUGUUAUAUUUCAUCCAUCCUGUUAUUUUAUCUAUCAGUACUUAAAAGGUGAUAUCCAGUCUGUUGUGUUCUCUGCUUAUAUAUCAAGUUCGGUAAGAGAAGCUCAAGUCACAGUUUGUUGAUAUAUUUAGUGAUUCUUAUAUUCCAUCCAUCUUGUUAUUUUUUCUAGCAAGUACAUACAAAGUGAUAUCCAGUCCAUUAAUAUGUUCGCUGCUUAUGUAUCAAGUUCAGGAAGGUCACAGGUUGUUGAUAUAUAUAGUCAUUGCCAUCCUACAUCCAUCGUAGUUUUACAUGUCAAGCAAAAUAUAAUUCCCGUCCAUAUCAAGCAGAAAGUGAUAUCGCGUCCAUUAAUUUCUUUCCCUGUUUAUAUAUCAAGUUCACAGGUUGUUGAUAUAUAGAGUCUUUCCAUCUUCCAUCUAUCGUAGUUUAAUCUCUCAAGGAAAAUUUAAUGUCCUGUCCAUAUCAAGCAGGAAGUGAUAUUGCGUCCAUUAAUUUGUUUCUCUUCUUAUAUAUCAAGGUUGGGAAGGCCACAGGUUGUUGAUAUAUAGAGUCAUUCCAUCUUCCAUCCGUCUAGUUUUAUCUGUCAAGCAAAAUAUAAUGUCCCGUCCAUAUCAAACAGAGGGUAAUAUUCAGUCCAUUAAUUUGUCCUCCUGCAUAUUUACAAGGUUCGGGAAGUUCACAGGUUGUUGAUAUAUAGAGUCUCUCCAUCUUCCAACCAUUUAGUUUUAUCUGUCAAGCAAAAUAUGAUGUCCCGUCCAUAUCAAGCAGAAAGUGAUAUCGCGUCCAUUAAUUUGUUUUUCUUCUUAUAUGUCAAGUUGAGGAAGGUCAUAGGUUGUUGAUAUAUAGAGUCUCUUCAUCUUCCAACCAUUUAGUUUUAUCUGUCAAGCAAAAUAUAAUGUCCCGUCCAUAUCAAGCAGAAAGUGAUAUCACAUCCAUUAAUUUGUUUCUCUUCUUAUAUGUCAAAUUGAGGAACUUCACAGGUUGUUGAUAUAUAGAGUCUCUCCAUCUUCCAUCCAUCGUAGUUUUAUCUGUCAAGCAAAAUAUGAUGUCCCGUCCAUAUCAAGCAGAAAGUGAUAUCACAUCCAUUAAUUUGUUUCUCUUAUAUAUCAAGGUUGGGAAGGCCACAGGUUGUUGAUAUAUAGAGUCUUUCCAUCUUCCAUCCAUCGUAGUUUUAUCUGUCAAGCAAAAUAUGAUGUCCCGUCCAUAUCAAGCAGAAAGUGAUAUCGCGUCCAUUAAUUUGUUUCUCUUCUUAUAUGUCAAAUUGAGGAACUUCACAGGUUGUUGAUAUAUAGAGUCUCUCCAUCUUCCAUCCAUCGUAGUUUUAUCUGUCAAGCAAAAUAUGAUGUCCCGUCCAUAUCAAGCAGAAAGUGAUAUCGCGUCCAUUAAUUUGUUUCCCUGCUUAUAUAUCAAGGUUGGGAAGUUCACAGGUUGUUGAUAUAUAGAGUCUUUCCAUCUUCCAUCCAUCGUAGUUUAAUCUCUCAAGGAAAAUUUAAUGUCCUGUCCAUAUCAAGCAGGAAGUGAUAUUGCAUCCAUUAAUUUGUUUUUCUUCUUAUAUAACAAGGUUGGGAAGGCCACAGGUUGUUGAUAUAUAGAGUCUUUCCAUCUUCCAUACGUCUAGUUUUAUCUGUCAAGCAAAAUAUAAUGUCCCGUCCAUAUCAAACAGAGGGUAAUAUUCAGUCCAUUAAUUUGUCCUCCUGCAUAUUUACAAGGUUCGGGAAGUUCACAGGUUGUUGAUAUAUAGAGUCUCUCCAUCUUCCAACCAUUUAGUUUUAUCUGUCAAGCAAAAUAUAAUGUCCCGUCCAUAUCAAGCAGAAAGUGAUAUCACAUCCAUUAAUUUGUUUCUCUUAUAUAUCAAGGUUGGGAAGUUCACAGGUUGUUGAUAUAUAGAGUCUUUCCAUCUUCCAUCCAUCGUAGUUUAAUCUCUCAAGCAAAAUAUAAUGUCCUGUCCAUAUCAAGCAGGAAGUGAUAUUGCGUCCAUUAAUUUCUUUCCCUGUUUAUAUAUCAAGUUCACAGGUUGUUGAUAUAUAGAGUCAUUCCAUCUUCCAUCCAUCGUAGUUUAAUCUCUCAAGCAAAAUAUAAUGUCCUGUCCAUAUCAAGCAGGAAGUGAUAUUGCAUCCAUUAAUUUGUUUUUCUUCUUAUAUAUCAAGGUUGGGAAGGCCACAGGUUGUUGAUAUAUAGAGUCAUUCCAUCUUCCAUCCAUCGUAGUUUUAUCUGUCAAGCAAAAUAUAAUGUCCCGUCCAUAUCAAACAGAGGGUAAUAUUCAGUCCAUUAAUUUGUCCUGCAAAUUUACAAGGUUCGGGAAGUUCACAGGUUGUUGAUAUAUAGAGUCUCUCCAUCUUCCAACCAUUUAGUUUUAUCUGUCAAGCAAAAUAUGAUGUCCCGUCCAUAUCAAGCAGAAAGUGAUAUCACAUCCAUUAAUUUGUUUCUCUUAUAUAUCAAGGUUGGGAAGGUCACAGGUUGUUGAUAUAUAGCGUCUUUCCAUCUUCCAACCAUUUAGUUUUAUCUGUCAAGCAAAAUAUAAUGUCCCGUCCAUAUCAAGCAGAAAGUGAUAUCGCGUCCUUUAAUUUGUUUCUCUUCUUAUAUGUCAAGUUGAGGAAGGUCACAGGUUGUUGAUAUAUAGAGUCUUUCCAUCUUCCAUCCAUCGUAGUUUUAUCUGUCAAGCAAAAUAUAAUGUCCCGUCCAUAUCAAGCAGAAAGUGAUAUCACAUCCAUUAAUUUGUUUCUCUUCUUAUAUGUCAAAUUGAGGAACUUCACAGGUUGUUGAUAUAUAGAGUCUUUCCAUCUUCCAUCCAUCGUAGUUUUAUCUGUCAAGCAAAAUAUGAUGUCCCGUCCAUAUCAAGCAGAAAGUGAUAUCGCAUCCAUUAAUUUGUUUCCCUGCUUAUAUAUCAAGGUUGGGAAGGUUGCAAGUUGUUGAUACAUUAGCCAUUCCAUCUUCCAUCCAUCCUGUUAUUUUAUCUAUUAAGCAAAGGACUUGUACUUCAUAGCAGAUUCUUAUAUCCUAUCCUCAUACCAGUCUUGCUGACAUAACAUAAUAAUUUUCUCUCCCUCUGAUGGUGUUGGGCUUCUUUCCCUCACUCACAGAAAUGGAAGAAGAGAAAGUCAGGUUGUACAGAAGGGAAGAAGAGAAGGGAGACAGAGAAAUCAUGUUGAAAGAAGGGAGAAAGAGAAGAUCAGAUUGACAGAAGGGAGGAAGAGAAAUCAGGUUGACAGAAGGGAAAAAGAGAAGAUCAGGUUAACAGAAGGAAAGGACAGAAGGGAGAAAGAGAAGAUCACGUUGACAGAAGGGAAGAAGAGAACGGAGGAAGAGAAAUCGGGUCUCACAAAAAGGGAGGAAGAUAUCAGCUUGCACAGAAGA